AUGACGCCGACAACUGGUGGUGGUCUUGUUUCAAAUCAUGAUUCUCCAGUUGUUGUUGCACCGCAACGGUCCACAGUGACCAUUUUAGGAUCCUUUCUUCGACGCCCAAGAGGAACUUCUACUUCGCAGCAACAACCAUCACCAGCAGAUUCCCCACCCUCUCCAACAACCCCGUCAGCAAUAAGGCGACGAAGUUUUGUACCUCAAAUAAACUCAUCUUCAAAUAACACCACAAGCCUUGGUCCAAUCUCAAACAUUCUACGUCGCAGGCGGUCAGCCGGCACCGUCAACAAUCAACCAAUAAUGCCCGCUCCACAACCUCUCCUCAGAGCAACAACGUUCUCCAAUAACAAUAACCAAACCCACCGUAUCCGCUUAGUUCCCCACCUCGACUCUCGCCGCACACUCCGCUUCGAACCCAUAACCCGCGACCUCAAGGACAACGACAUCCCCCUCCGCAUUGGCCGCUUCACAGAUCGCUCAGGAAUAGGUCUCGCAGCAGUAAAUGCUCUAAACACGAAUAAACUCGCCUUCAAGAGCAAAGUCGUCUCUCGUGCCCAUGCUGAGAUCUGGGCUGACAAUGGCAAAUUCUAUAUCAAAGAUACGAAAUCUUCUUCAGGCACCUUCCUUAAUCAUCUACGCCUCAGUCCCGCGGGCUCGGAGAGUAAACCCCAUCAGCUUAAAGAUGGGGAUAUCGUUCAGCUGGGAGUCGAUUACCAGGGAGGAACCGAGGAUAUUUACAAGUCUGUAAAGAUUAGGAUCGAGGUAGGGAGGGAGUGGCAGGCUGCUCCUAAUGCUUUCAACACAAACGCCCUCUCACAACUCCGCUCCCUCUCCGCAGACCCCCACAGCCACCCACAAGGCGCAAUCGCCCAUGGCAAAAAACGAAUGCCAAAGACUAACAUCCCCGAUUGUUGUAUCUGCCUCUUCGCAGUAACAAUCCGCCAAGCCCUAUUCAUAGCCCCCUGCAGUCACGCAUUCCACUACAAAUGCAUUCGUCCUCUCCUCGACGCUCACACUUCCGCAUUCAGCUGUCCCCUCUGUCGCACAUUCGCAGAUCUCGAUGAAGACGUCGAAGUUGAGAUCGAACCUGAACUUGAGCUCGAAGCCGAGGCUGUUUCGUCACCUGAAGAAGACGACGAUGACGAGCUCGAUAGAGGUAGUGGGGAGAAGGAUAAACUGGCGCCUCCCAUGGUGAGAGAUGGAGCUGAGACGGAGGUAGAGGGCGAUGCGAGGGGUCCGCGCGCUAGGAUACGGACUGCGGGACAUGUCAUCCAUCCUCAAUCCCAAACACAAUCACAAUCAAAUCCACAAUGUCUAUCACACCCCUACCCAAUCGCCCAAACUCAUCCACCCCGCGACGAUGCAGAUCUCGACGAAGAGCUGAUGGAUCUGAUAGACGUAGAUUCAGACGAGGGUGAUUUAGAUGCGGGGGUGUUUGUGAGGGGUGGGAGUGGUAACGGGAGCGGCAACGGGAGUGCAGAGGGGAUGGGUAUUGAGAGCGGGAUGGGAGGGGUGGCCAUGAUGGUGGAUGGGGAAGGCGUUAUCAGCGUGAAGCGGAAACGUUAA